GGGGUCGGUGCUGUGAGGGGAAAGGCGCUGUGAGGGGACAGUGUCGUGAGGGGAAAGGAGCCGUGAGGGGUCGGUGCUGUGAGGGGAACGGCGCCCUGAGGAGAAUGGCGGCAAUGGCUCUUCCAAGGAUUCCCUGGAAUUUUCCCGCUUUCUGCUGGCUCCUGGCCGUGCCCAUUCCCGGUUCCCUGGGCUUGGAAUGCCAGGAGCACCAGUACAGCUACCGUGAGAAAUGCUGCAGCGACUGCGCCCCCGGGGAGAGGAUGCGGAGCCGCUGCACGGCCUCGGCCGACACCGUGUGCUCGCCUUGCCAGGAUGGAUAUUUCAGCUCCCAGCACCACCACGGCUUGUGCCAGAGCUGCACCGUCUGCAGCGCCUGGAAGGGCAGCGUGGAGGUGAAGCCGUGCGAGAAGACCUCGGACAGGGUCUGCGCCUGCCAGGCGGGAUUCCAGCCGGCCGGGGGGGCUCCCGUGGGAAAGGCGUGCUCCCGAUGUCCUGAAGGGACUUUCUCCAGAGGAGGGAACGAGAACUGCCAGCCUUGGACCAACUGCAGCAGUUUGGGGAAGAGCACGCUCCGGGCUGGCACGGGCACAGAGGAUGCCCAGUGCAGCAGCAGUGCCAGCAGCCCUGGCCCACAUCCCUCUGCCACGGAAUUCCCGGAAAACAGGGAUCCCUCUGCCACGGAAUUCCCGGAAAACAGGGCUCCCUCUCCCACGGGAUUCCUGGAGAACAGCUCCAGAGCGUCCAGCCCCAGGGAGAUCCCCGCGGUCUGUCGGGAUCCCGGCGUUCCCGCGGAGCCUGGAUGGGGCUCUUUAUCCCUGCUCCUGCUGUGCCUGAUCCUGCUGAUGGUGAGUGGAAUUUCCAUCCUGCUCCUGAUCAUCCAGGCAGCCCAGAAAAAAGCCAGGAAUGGGCCUGGGAGGAGCACCCAGCACAAGCAGGGCAGCUGUCGGAUCCCCGUCCAGGAGGAGCAGAUCGACUCCAAUUCCAGCCUCAUCAAAAACUGACUCCCACUUCUGCCUCUUCCCUGCGUCUCUGAGCCCGUGGAGCUGAAGGAGCACCGGGACUAAUUAGGGCUGGUUUUGCUUAAUUCGGAGUUAAUCAGAGGCUGGUUUAACUCUUUAAUUAACUCAAGAGCUCCCUUUGGAAUUUGGGAGAAUUCCCGAGGGAAUUUUGUGUGGAUUUUUUUUCUCUUUGGGCAAAUCCUUGAACUCUGAAAUGAUGAGCAAGUGACAAAGCUGAGCUGUAAAAUCAGGAUUAAGUGGCAAAACUGAGCUCUAAAACCAGGAUUAAGUGACAAAACUGAGCUCUAAAACCAGGAUUAAGUGACAAAACUGAGCUCUAAAAUCAGGAAUAAAUGGCAGAUUUGAGCUCUAAAACCAGGAUUAAGUGACAAAACUGAGCUCUAAAACCAGGAUUAAGUGACAAAACUGAGCUCAAAAAUCAGGAAUAAAUGGCAAAACUGAGCUCUAAACCAGGAUUAAGUGACAAAACUGAGCUCUAAAACCAGGAUUAAGUGGCAGCUCAAUCCACACUUCACGAAAUGAAUUUUCCCUCUCUAACUGCUUUUCCAGAAAUUUGGAAAGGAAAUUUUUCGGGAGCAAAUCCCAAACUCUGGAAUAUCUGGGAGGAGCCCAAAGUGUCCUUGUGCUGAAUUUGAAACAUUCCCUGGAAAUUCCAGAAAAAAUGGAAUUUUUUUAUCAUCCAGGAGUGAUUGUUCUGCCAAAUAUCAACAGAAAACUCCUCCAAAAAAUGGGAAUUUUAAACCCACGGCACCGAGAAUAUCCCAAAAAAAUCCAGCAGGGAAUGGGUGCAGGGAUCCAAGAGCUGUUUAAAUCCAUGGAUUUGGAAGAUUUGGGAUUUUUUAUAUGUUAUACAUAUCCAAAGGGGUUUAUACAGUGUAUAGGAACGUUUGUAUCGUGUACAAGGGGGAUUUGGGGGAAUAAAACUCUGGAAAAACAGA